GUGAAAGUAGUGAUAGAAGAAGAAAAUGAAAGUAGUGAUAGAAGAAGAAGGAAAAAAAGGGGGAAAAACUUGCUGUAAUUAAAGUCACAAGUUGUCUUGCCUGUAACUGUCAGGAGGGAAGUGCCGUAGUGUCUCGGCGGUAGCUACUGUAUGCUACUGUAUAUGCGUUAAAACUACCUUUCUUCCAAUGUCUGUUUGUUUAGUUGGUAGUUUAAAACCAAACCAGUCAAUAAAUAGUAUUUAAAAGUAUCUGGACGCGCCGGGGUGUCUUCACACCAUGCCAUUAAACCGGGUUAUCGUAGGCUUCUUGCUGCUGCGGCGACCUGAAUGAAGACGCCAGCGUCGGGGUCUCCGGGGGGUUGGCGGCUCAGAUGAGGCGUCCGGUCAUCGCUGCUUGUAGACGAGGAACUGCUGGUGUCUUGCGUCGUUCAUAAAUCAUGGCAGACAUAAGAACUUUCAACGUUGUGAUUUUGGGUUUGGGCUUUUUGUUGAUUUUCACCGCCUUUACCACUUGUGGAAACAUCGAACAAACUGUGCUUAAAAGCUUGGACAAUGGUAGUUUCACUGGAAGUGGUUACCACAGUCUGGGGAUCAUCUAUGGAGUUUUCUCCUUCUCUAAUCUGCUGGCACCAAUGGCCAUUGCGGUAGUUGGACCACGGCUGACUAUGUUUUUCAGUGGCAUACUAUACAGUGGUUACAUAGCGGUGUUCAUCUUCCCAUCCACAUGGUCUUUUUACUUGACCUCUGUGAUGAUCGGCGUCGGAGCAGCCAUGCUUUGGACUGCUCAAGGACACUUUUUGGUUGAAAACUCGGAGGCAUCGACCAUCAACAGGAACACAGGGAUGUUCUGGGCCCUCUUACAGUGCAGUAUGUUGUUUGGCAAUCUCUACAUUUACUUUGACUGGAAUGGGGCCACAGAAAUAUCAGAUGGGAGCAGGAAAACCAUCUUUACAACUCUGCUGGUCACUUCUGUUCUUGGUACACUUACUUUCCUAAUACUGAGGCAGACCGAUCGUCAACAGGAGAUGUUGUCCGAAGAGGAAGGCCAGUCUUUGCUCUCAUCUCACGUGAUGUAUAAGCAAAGAGCAAGGACUGCUGUGAAUGAUGCCAAGUCAGAGUUCAAGAUGAUCCUACAUCUUUUGAAGACAAAAACUAUACUGCUUCUCAGCUGCUGCAUGGCAUACAGUGGUCUGGAGCUGUCUUUUUACAGUGGAGUGUAUGGAACUUGUAUUGGGGCAACUGCACAGUUUGGAGAAGCCGCCAAAGGCCUGAUUGGGAUCUCUGGCAUUGUAGUUGGUGCUGGAGAGAUAGUCGGUGGGGGAUGUUUUGGACUGAUGUGCAAGAACAACCGCUUCAGACGGACCUCGGUAGUCUUUUUGGGCAUGGUUGUCCAUUUUGUUGCCUUCUAUUUGAUCUUCCUCAACAUCCCUGAUGAUGCUCCAGUUGUGAUAAAAACCAGCACACAGGACAAACCAUUUCUGACUCCAAGUGCAUCCAUUGCCAUACUGUGUAGCUUCUUGCUUGGACUUGGUGAUAGCUGUUUCAAUACACAACUGUACAGUAUACUGGGGCACAUUUAUGCCGAGCAGAGCUCGCCCGCAUUUGCCAUCUUCAAAUUCAUCCAGUCUAUUUUUGCAGCGGUGGCCUUCCUCUACAGCGGUUAUCUGCUAUUGACAUGGCAGCUCCUCUUCAUGGUUGUAAUUGGCUUCACUGGAACACUCUGCUUCUUCUUGGUGGAAAGGAUGCAAAAUUUCUCUUUGGACUUGCAAGAAUAUUGAAAAAAAAAAAAAAAAAGCAAAAACAAACCUAUUUUAAUACUGGCAAUUUGUUGGACCAAUACUUUAUGAAGAACCAAAAAAAAGAAAAGAAAACCCUGAUUUAAGGUUAUCACAUGGGGACUCUAAAAAUCACACAAUGUAAAGAGUGAUGCCCAAUGAAUAGCAUUUAAUAUUCAAAAUGUUUGCACUUUUCUUGACACACAAGUUAUUUUGCCUGAUCAAAUCUUUUAAAUGGGCUUGCAUGGUUAUCCAUUUCAAAGUAUUAAGUGUAUCUUGAACAUUGUUUGCUGGUUUAUUUUUAAAUUGUCUUCUACAUGCCACUAAAACCUUUUUUUUUCUACUGUAAUUCCUUGGCAUUACCGGUGUCACUGUAUGAUUUUAAUAGUCACCGCCUUUAUUAAUAGUGUAUCUGCAUUGCUCCCAUCUCAGGAUUUUUAUUUCCAACAUGUAAUUUUUACCCAUGUAAUA